GGCACCACCAAGCCCAAACCCGUACUCCCAAAAAUGGCGCCGCACUCGCAGGCGGCCACCGCCGGCAAGCGGAAGAAGGCGGACAAACCCGGCAAGGCCCUCGCCGUGAAAUCCACCAAUCCCGUCUCGAAGAAGACGCACAAGCAGAAGAAGCCGCGCCCAGCCGCCGCCGCCGCAGCAGCAGAUGAACCCGCGGGCGGCGGCGUCCUCCUGUCGGCCGCGCUGCCGCCGGCGCGGCAGCUCGAGUUCCUCCUCCGCAGCUUCGAGCGCGCCGCCAAGAUGCGCCUCUCCCCCCUCGAGCUCGGCGCCUACUCCGAGGGAUGCAUGGUGCAGCUCCCGGAGGGGGCGAGCCAGGACGCGGAGAGCUUCGGCGACCAUGUGAAGGGCGCCUUCGGGGCGGCGUGGAAGGAGGAGCUCUGCGAAGGGCAGCUCGUCGAGGGGUCCGUCGACGCGGGCAGCCCGGCGCUCCUGGUCAUCAGCUUGGGCGCGCUGAGAUCGCUGGAGCUUCUGAGGGGCUUGAAGGUGUUCACCAGAGGAUGCCAUGCGGUGAAGCUCUUUGCCAAACACAUAAAAGUGGAGGAGCAGGUUGCGCUGCUUAAAGAUCGAGUUAAUAUUGCCUGUGGUACACCCAGCAGGAUCAAGAAACUAAUUGACAUGGAAGCGUUGUCCCUGUCACGCUUGAAACUAGUGGUACUUGACAUGCAGAGGGACCCGAAAUCAUUUAACUUGUUUACGCUACCACAAGUCAGCAAGGAGUUUUGGGACCUGUACAAGGGAUAUCUAGGUCAGAAGGUUCAAGAAGGCGACACAAGAAUAUGUUUCUAUGGUUCUGUUUCUGAGAAAGACGCCAAUAAAGUCCUUCCACCUGCCGAGUAAAUGUCUAUACCAUGAAAGUUUGUGGGGGUACUCCGAAACAAUCGUAGCUGAGGGCAAGAGAUUAGGAAUUUUGGUCAUGCGAAACUUAGGAACUUGGGUUGCAUCUUUUAGGUGUACCCAUUUAUGCUAAAUGAGUAAUAGUUUGAUGAGAUGUGUAUCCAUGAGACCAUAAGUGCAUAACCGUUAUUAGGAUAUCAAUUGAAUACUUGUAAUCAUCUCAAGCAGUGGUAUUUGAGACCUCGAAUCUGUACCAACA